AUGCCGUCUCCACUCUCCACCAACGGCUCUAUUCCCCCCACCGCCCGCUCCACGUUGACCGUUUCAACCAUUAAAACCCUCCCUUCCCUCUCGCCCUUCUCCCCACACCCCCAAUUCCCCAUCUCUCUCCCCCCAAACCGACGCGCACAUCCAUCCAUCCGCUUCGUCCCCGGCCACGGCCCAAACCCUAGAGACCGACAACCGCCGCGCGAGCAGCGAGAGGGGGAGGAGGAAACUGGCGCCAUGAACGACCUCAUGACCAAGUCCUUCAUGAGCUACGUCAACCUGAAGAAGGCGGCCAUGAAGGACCUCGAGGCGGGCGGCGACGAGACCGAGCUCACCCAGGACGGCGGCGGCGGCGCCACCGACGAGCGCCUCAAGGGCUUCUUCAAGGAGGCAGAGGCGGUCCGCGAGGAGAUGGCGGCCAUCCGCGACGCGCUCGCCCGCCUCCAUGCCGCCAACGAGGAGGGCAAGUCGCUGCACCAGCCCGACGCGCUGCGCGCCAUGCGGGUCCGCGUCAACGCCGACAUCGUCGCCGUGCUCGGCCGCGCGCGCGGGAUCCAGCGCGCGCUCGCGGACAUGGACGCCGCCAACGCCGCGUAG